AUGCAGUCGCAGGACUUCGUGUCAAAGACCGACAUCCCUGGCAGUCUAGGACCUUUGAAGGACAAGAAUGCUCCAACACUUGAAAGCAAGGGACCAUCCCUGAAGCGUAAACUCGACUUUGGUGACCUGGUCACCCCUAGAAAGCGACGUAUUCUGGAAUCGUAUUCCACAGGCGAUAUAUGUCAAGUUGCUACUGUAUAUUCUGAUGCUACACCAAAGAUAAAUCGCCACAAUACUGAUUUAACCAGCCCUACAACGAAGUGUUUGUUCAGAGAGGCAUCUGACAUUUUCUUGAAGCAUAAAGUGGAUGCUCAACUAGAUCCCUUUGCGCUCAAACAUGUGAUAUCUCAUGAGCCAUGCAAGACUAAAACAUUCAUUUGGUCCCUACCUGUGGAAAUUCUCAUCACCGUCGCCCUUCUAGGAGCGCAAGAUCUGCGCUCUGUCACUCAAGUUUCCUCUCUGUUGAGAGAAAUCGCUGCUCCGCUCUUCUUCCUCGACAGAAACUUCCCAACUUCCCUGAAGGAUCUGUUUCACAUUCGUGUAGACUCACCGAAUUUCGACCUAUCCGCAUUUUCGCACUUCCUUGAGUCAGUCCCCCGCAAAUCGAUACAAUAUAUCACACUUUUUUGGAAUUUUGACAUUCUCACUUCCCCAGUUCUCUCUCAAAUUGUUACAUUACUAGAAACUAUCCAUGCCUCCGGUGUCGAAGAACUGACAUGCAUGGGUUUCUGCGAUGGCACUGUCUCAUUGUCCGUCACUGGCCUCACUCGAAUUCGGGCGUGUGUAGGUGCAAACAACCUGAAAGCCUUUGAGGCAUUUUCACGGGUAUUCUUUUCCCCAAAGCUCCUUCCUUUUACAAUUCAGACCAUCCGCCUUUCCUGCUGUUUGGAAAAGCUUCAACUGAGUUCGGUCAAGCUCAGUUCUGCACACUGGGACAAACUCCUGUGCCACCUUUCGAUCCCAACGCUUGUCGAACUCCAUGUUGAUGCUGAUGCAGCAAUGUUGUAUUUGUCGGGAGUCCAUUCGACGGUCCGCAUCAAACACUUGACAAUUGACUACUCGGAUGGUUCGGUCCCCAGUGCUGCAGGUGAUACAUUGGCCUUAUCUGCGGCUUGGAUUCAAGCCCUUCCUCAAGUCAAGCGUGUUACUUUGCAAGGUUACUCAGCUACUGCUGCUGGGGAUCUUGUCGAGAUGAUGCGUAACUUUGCUGCAGGCGAUGUUGAACUGGUUGUGAAUCUGCAGGUCGCAGCAAUUUAA